GGAGGCUGCUCCUGCAGGCUCCGUCCGCGUGUGUGAAGCAGAGGUUCCCCUGGAUCCCGUAAAUACAACCUUAUAUGCACUCUCACCCACCCAGAGUAACACCACCAGAGGCGCGCGCGCGCACACACGCACACGCACACACACACACACUUGUGCAUUCUCCAGUCCAUCCCCACGCGGGCAGACUGGGAGUGAGGGCUCGCCAGCCUCAUACCGGCAGGCACCGCUCAGUGGCUCCAGGAUUUUGCUGCCCCUGUCUCGGGACUCCGAUCCGCGGCCGCCAGCCAGACCUGUGCGUGUAGCGGGGGGUUGUUCGAAGUGGGAAAGAAGAAGCGGGCGGGGGGCGGCCGCUGCUGCUCCUGACACCGCUAGUGUGUGCGCACAUCUCCCCUUCGGCUUAUAAAAGUUUGCCUCAGCAAGCCGGGGGGCUCCUCGCUCCCCCUCCGCUGGGGGACCCCGUCUGCUCCUCACCCUGGAGGCUCCUCGGCUCUGCUCGCGGCGGGUGAAGCUGGGACCGUUCCCCGGGAUUUAUUGAGCUGGAUUUGCAUUUUGCACCAUGUCUUCGCGGAUCGCGGCUCCGCUGGUGGCUUUAACCGGGCUGCUGCUGUCACUUUCGGCCGGGGCUGACGUGAAGGCUCGGAGCUGCAGUGAGGUGCGGCAGGCGUAUAGUGCCAAAGGCUUCAGCCUGGUCAAUGUACCCUUUCAGGAGAUAGCAGGGGAACAUUUGAGAAUCUGUCCUCAGGAGUAUACAUGCUGCACCACAGAAAUGGAGGACAAGUUGAGCCAACAGAGCAAAUUGGAAUUUGAAAACUUGGUGGAGGAAACAAGUCACUUUGUGCGCACCACCUUUGUGUCCAGGCACAAGAAGUUUGAUGAAUUUUUCCGAGAACUUUUGGAGAAUGCAGAAAAAUCCUUAAAUGAUAUGUUUGUGCGAACGUAUGGAAUGCUGUACAUGCAGAAUUCAGAAGUGUUCCAGGACCUCUUCACAGAACUGAAACGAUAUUAUACAGGAGGCAAUGUAAAUUUGGAGGAGAUGCUGAAUGAUUUCUGGGCUCGGCUAUUGGAGCGAAUGUUCCAGCUCAUAAAUCCCCAAUAUCAUUUCACUGAGGACUAUCUGGAGUGUGUAAGCAAAUACACAGACCAGCUGAAACCAUUUGGAGAUGUACCCAGGAAACUGAAGGUUCAAGUGACUAGAGCUUUCAUUGCUGCACGGACCUUUGUUCAGGGGCUGACUGUAGGCAGAGAGGUUGCAAACAGAGUAUCCAAGAUCAGUCCAACCCCAGGGUGCAUCCGUGCACUAAUGAAGAUGUUAUACUGCCCUUACUGCAGAGGACUUCCCACUGUGAAACCUUGCAACAACUACUGCCUCAACGUAAUGAAGGGCUGCCUAGCAAAUCAGGCCGAUUUGGACACUGAGUGGAAUCUGUUCAUAGAUGCUAUGCUCUUGGUAGCAGAGAGAUUAGAGGGACCAUUCAACAUUGAAUCAGUCAUGGAUCCUAUCGAUGUCAAGAUUUCUGAAGCCAUCAUGAACAUGCAAGAGAACAGUAUGCAGGUGUCAGCAAAGGUCUUUCAAGGAUGUGGCCAGCCUAAACCAGCACCUGCUUUAAGGUCUUCCCGCUCCGUUCCUGAGAACUUCAAUACCCGCUUUAGGCCAUACCAUCCUGAGGAGAGACCAACAACAGCUGCUGGCACGAGUUUAGAUAGACUGGUAACAGACAUUAAAGAAAAACUGAAGCUUUCAAAAAAGUUCUGGUCAACUUUACCAUAUACUAUCUGCAAGGAUGAAAGAGUGACAGCUGGCAUGUCAAAUGAAGAGGACUGCUGGAAUGGCCAUACCAAAGCUAGAUACCUUCCUGAGAUUAUGAAUGAUGGGCUGACCAACCAGAUAAACAAUCCCGAAGUAGAUGUUGACAUCACAAGGCCUGACACCUUCAUACGGCAACAAAUCAUGGCCCUAAGAGUCAUGACUAACAAACUGAAGAAUGCAUACAAUGGAAAUGAUGUGAACUUCCAGGAUACAAGUGAUGAAACCAGUGGCUCAGGAAGCGGAAGUGGUUGCACUGAUGAUAUCUGUCCUACAGAGUUUGACUUCGUCACCACAGAAGCACCACCUGUUGACUCAGACAGAAGAGAAGUAGACUCUUCAGCAAUCCAGUCUAGCCAGUCACUGUUUAUGUUGUUCAUCAUCUGCAUCAUCCUGGUACUGCAGAGACAGUGGAGAUAAUCCUGGUUCUGGUCAGAGAGACUGUGUUUUAGCUACAAAAACAGCCAACUUGCUCCUUUUCUUACACUCUUGGACAAUGGACCAUGCCACAAAUACUUACAGUUUUCUAUGAGAAGAGAGCAGUACUGCAGCCUGCUUCCCUUUUUGUUUUCCCAAAGAGUACCAGGUGCCAGACUGAACUGCUUCCUGUUUCUUUCAAGAUAGCUGUGAAGACAAUGUCCACUCUUGAGAGAAUUCUUUCUCACAUCUUUAUUAUUGGAGACUUUCUGAGCUGCAUUAUGCUGCAGAAGUAAAAAGGAUCUUACGGUGUGAGGUUUUCCUUAACAAGAAAAAAGAGAGAAAGAAACAAAGAAAACAAAUUUCCUUCUAAAUCAGGCCAAACUUAAGGCUGCUGCAUUUUCAAGAAUAAUAAAAAAAAAAGAGAGCAAAAAAAAAGAAAGACAAAAAAAAAAGACAAAAGUUCUUCACAGACACCCAGGCCUCCUCUAGGGGCUUCUGUCCAGUGAUUCAGGUCAUCAUAAUUAUCAUUCCUAUUGCAAGGAAGUUUGGAUUUUUUUUAACACAAUGAUAAGAGUAUGAUUCAAUGGUGAAUAUCUUGCACCAACAUGAGAUUGGUAUGAAGGUACAGGAAGCUGAAAAAAGAAGCUUGUCUUUUAGUAUUAUAGUAACACCACUAAGCUCAGAAUAUCAUGUUACAGUUGCUUAUGAUUUAAAUCUUGAUGCCCAGUAAAAAUUUGAGUAGCUGCACUAUUUCUCUAGCUUCUUUCAGUACUGAUCGUUACAUAAUUGGCACAGAUUUCCACCUCGUGUCCCAUCAACAAUUGUGGUGAUGCUGAACAAACCUUCCCUCAAGGGUUUGGACAGAAAAUAAUACCUUGUGAUAAAAUCUCUUUUCUUUUGCCACAGGUUUGACAUUGGUUACAAUUUUCUGCUACUGUGUUCAUUAUCCUACCGACUUGACAAUUCUUUAAUGGACUGAUAAGAGUGAUUGGAUCAAUAAGUGAGUUUCACACAUAACUACAUCCUUUGCAUUCAUUAGUUUCUGUAUCACAAGAGGUACUGUGCUACAAAAAGUCAAGACAAAAAAAUAUAGUACUGACAUGGAGAUUUCUUUCACUUUUUUAGUCUUAGUAUGAUCAUCUAUUUUUAUAUAUAUAAAUAUAUAUAGAUCACAGAUUUUAACUUCUUAAUUACAAGCUCAGGGUUGACACAUCUUUGUAAGAAAAAAAAUGUUCUGUCAACCAGCUCUUCUUUUUUUGUGCUUCUCUGGAAAGGAACCCUUUAAUACGUGGUGAGCACAAGAAUCAAAGAAGACAACCUUUUUACAUAUCCAGUGUCCAUUUCUUAAGAAGUUGCAAGGGGGAGAGAACCCCUUUUGUGUGUGUGCAUUCGCGCGGGCGUGCAAGUUUGUGUGAAAUGCCUACAGAAGUACGCAGAGCAGUGUGACUUGUUUUGUGACGGCAAUUGUACUCUCUCAUGCUUCAAGAGAAUGUCACUUUAAUAAUCAUUGCCCACAUGGAUAUGGCUCUGGGUAGAAUAUCCCUGGUUUGCAUUGGAUUGCAUGACCUGAGUGUAGAGGCUAUUUUAAAGCAUGGGUAAAUGAGUGUCAGCAAGUAGGCAGAUAUCAAAGCCCUUCCUUCCCCCCGCAACAAGAAACAAAGGGCUUCUGUGAAAAUUCUGAGUGGUAUUGAAAUGAUUUGCUACAAAUAUACUUCCUGGUUCUUAUAAUGAUUCUAGAGUUGUUAAGGACAAAAUAUGAAAACACUUUAAAGUAAACCAGCCACGUUACAGUUAAGAUGUUGAACAUGUAAAUCUUACAUGUUCCAAACUCAUUUUCUUAUCAAAUUAUAAUUAGCUAUCAAUUUAGCCAUUAAAUUAAAGUAGUAAACACACAGCACAAUAAGAUAAAGUAUAUUUAAGCACUUUUACCGGUAUAUAUAUAUAUUUACAAACUACUAUCACUAUAUUGUCUAAUAAGAAAAACAAAAUGUCAGUUUUUAAGACCCUGUAUUCAAUUUUUUGUUGUUGUUGUUGUUUAUUUAAAACUUUAUAACAUUCAGCAUUUUUGGCCCAAUUCAGUAUCAUAUGCUUUGUGGAGAAACUCUCCUUUUAUAGUCAGGCUCUGUGUUCAUAGCCUACAUUUCAUAGCUAGAUCUGGGCAGUGUUUUCAGCCAUCUUCAUGUUUCACUUUAGAACACUUAGUGACUAAAGUUGACUUUCUUCAUUAACUCAGGCAAUGUCUACACUAGCACUUUUGUCGGUAAAACUUUUGUUGGUCGAGGUGUGAAAAAAACACACCCCUGACUGACAUAAGUUACAUGGACAUAAGCGCUGCUAUGGACAGUGCUAGGUCACUGAGAGACACUCUCCCACCAAUAUAGCUACCGCCGCUCAUUGGCGGAGGUUUAAUUAUGCUGGCGGGAGAGCUCUCUCACUUCAUAGACUCAUAGACUUUAAGGUCAGAAGGGACCAUUAUGAUCAUCUAGUCUGACUCCCUGCACAAUGCAGGCCACAGAAGCUCACCCACCCACUCCCGCAACAAACCCCUAACCUAGCAGCUACAUGGAGACCUAACAGUGGUGUUGCUGUAAGGUCUCUAGUGUGGACACAAUCCAUAUCAGUCAAAGCCAACCCAUACAGCAGAUUUGGUUGACCCCUGGUAUGCCCCACACUAAGAAGUUCUUUCCUCUGGAUUUUUUCAUUGAUUUCUACAUACAGUGGAGCAUGAGGGAGUUUUCUUUGAAAUCCCUAGGACUCCCCUAGUCCUCAACCUUCUCAUUCUACACAUCUACUGGCCCUACUUGCACUGCUGCACUUCACAAGUCCUCUUUCAGAGCACAAGGGAUUCAAUUUGACUUUUACAAUUCAGCAUUUUCCUGCAGUAAAUUAUAUCAAUUUCACCUGAUUACUCUCUGUCAAGAAGUUUACGUAAUGAAAUCAACCCAGAUAUAUUGAGGCACUUUCACUGCUGCAUCCAACUUCUGCUGGGUAAAGCAGAGCUGGGGUAGAUUGCAAACAAGUCUCUUGUGGUUCCCUGAUUCUCUGCGCUAGCCCUGGCGCUGGUUAGGACAGUAUGCUGGCUGAAGCACGUAGCUGGAGCCUGCAUGCUUUUGCCACCUAUCCCACUGUCUUGGCCCAGCACACACCUCCACUCACCUCAAUAUGUCUUUUUGGCAGGGAGGAAGACAUAGGGGCCAGCUAUGCCUGCUGGUGAAUCUUCCCAUACCCAGCAGAAUCCCCAGCAGGAGACUUGCAGGAGGUGUCAGCUCAAUUUGCAGAGAGCAAAAGGAGUGGAUGGUGGCAGAAGAUCUGCUCUGCUGAACCAAAUUAAUCCUUAGUUUAACUUAAUUGGCUUCAUUAGAGUUAUGCCAGGAGUGAAUUUUCCCCAUAGUAUUUCUCUGUUUCCCUAUUAUUUUUUUAAAAGUGAGGUAAUGUCAGAACAUGGAGAUCUCUCUGUAGGAGAGGUCAAGCACAUAGCUGUUGGAGAGUCCCUAGCUUGAAUGUUUCUCCCACAAAUCGCAUUUUGCUGAGAUUUAAAGGCACUAUUAAAACAACAGAACAUAUGAAAUUGGGGAUCAAGAAAUAAAACAAACAGUGGUGUUUAUAAAUGCAAGAAUCUAGAUCAUUUAAUGUGCCUCUACUUACAUCCACUUUACUUCUAAUAAGUAUUUUGGUGAUUUUUUUGUGUGCCACAACUGAAAUAAUACUCUUCUGUUAAUGGUUGUUAAAGUAAGAGAGAAUAAAUGACACCGAUAAACUUUUCAGCAGUCUGGACCUAGAGUCUGAGGCAAAAUCUCUGGAUUACACAGCCUUCCAGUGUCACAUAAUCCUGAAGUUCUGUGCAGCUUUGUGUACAGUUUAUAAACGGAGGAUUUGAAUGAAUUAUAUAUGGUAAUGAAUAAUGCAGUCAGCACGCUGUAUUUUUUAUUUUGGUAUUAAUUCUGUUUAUUUGACCCUGUCCCCAUCUUGUCAGAAUGCUGCAUAUUUUUGUAUUGACAACUCAUCGCUGUAUCAUAGAGGUUGGCGGGGAGAUGCUGGAGGACUCAGCAGUUGAGUAGGAGGAAGUUAGGGAAUAGUGGAUUGAGAUUUCAUCUUAAACUGGAGGAAUGGGGGAACCAAGUGUAAGGAGGUUUUCAGGACUACCAACGAGGCACACAGUUUUCUUUGUGACCCUCGCAAAGGAGACAACCACUGCUUGCUGUAGUAGACAAAACCACUGCUAACUCCAGACUUCAAAUCCAAAGGUUUAUUUUAGCAUAGGUACAAUGUGCCACUCUCCAGUGUUCAGCCGAGGUGACCAACCAAUGAUCUGGCUGAGUGCACAGCUGUACACAAACAAAGGCAAAGACUUAAGUCUCUGUGGACUCCUUUAUACACAAGAUGAUACCAUACUUGAUUAUCAACACCUCCUCCUCUGACUCAUUACGUUCUGUGACCAAAUAUAAGAUUCCUCAUUACACCCUAAAUUAUCUACUCCUGGACCAUAACAAAACUAUUCAUCUGAAUAUUUGACAGGGAUUUGGGGACUUUUCUUGUUUAUCCUAAUUAUAUUUGGCAAGAUCCUCUUAACCUUUCAUUGUAUCUUCAUCCUUGUAAUCUCGGCCGUGUUCUGUACCCAGAUCAGAGACAUGUCAAGAACUGAACAGGAUAUUUAAUACACUAAAUGGCUUUGUUUUGCACUCAUUGCUAAAAAUGAGUAUUCAAAGGUCUUAUGAACCAAACUAUUAAACUAAGCCCACAUUUAUAUGACUUAU